AUGGCCACCCCUCAGACGACCCAAGGUCAAAUACAACCUUGUAGAUACAAAGUUGGAAAAACGCUGGGCGCAGGUUCAUACUCAGUUGUGAAAGAGUGUGUGCAUAUAGACACGGGGCGAUACUAUGCAGCCAAAGUCAUUAACAAACGAUUGAUGGCAGGACGUGAGCACAUGGUUCGCAAUGAAAUCGCUGUUCUCAAGAAGGUGUCCAUGGGCCACCAAAACAUCCUCACGCUAGUGGAUUAUUUCGAGACCAUGAACAAUCUCUACCUCGUGACGGACCUUGCUCUCGGCGGCGAGCUUUUCGACAGGAUCUGCCGAAAAGGUUCCUAUUAUGAAUCAGACGCGGUGGACCUGAUACGCGCGACACUUUCUGCCGUCGCAUAUCUGCAUGACCACGGCAUCGUCCACCGCGAUCUCAAGCCGGAAAACCUGCUGUUCCGGACGCCCGAGGACAACGCAGACCUUCUAAUCGCCGAUUUUGGUCUCUCGCGUAUCAUGGACGAGGAGCAGUUCCACGUGCUGACGACAACGUGCGGCACUCCCGGCUACAUGGCACCUGAGAUCUUUAAAAAGACAGGACACGGUAAACCCGUAGACAUCUGGGCCCUCGGCGUCAUUACAUACUUCCUCCUCUGCGGCUAUACCCCAUUCGAUCGCGACAGCGAUUUGGAGGAGAUGCAGGCAAUCCUCAACGCCGACUACAGCUUCACUCCGAUCGAGUUCUGGCGCGGCGUCUCUGACUCGGCCAAGGACUUCAUUAGGCGCUGCCUGACCAUUGAUCCCACCAAACGCAUGUCGGCGCAUGAGGCGCUCCAACACCCGUUCGUGGCCGGAUAUCUGGCAGAUAAGGGCGCCAACCUACUACCGACUGUCAAGAAGAAUUUCAACGCGCGCAGAACGCUGCACGCCGCUAUCGAUACGGUGCGGGCCAUCAACAAACUCCGCGAAGGCCAGGGUCUCAAUGGACAGCGGUUAAUGGCCGGGGUUAAGUCGCGCGAGCCCAACAAGGCGGGGGCUGCUGUUACUGCCGCUACUGAUAUCCCGACGUCAGCGGGUGAGGCGGGUGCCGUAGGUGCUGUGACGCACAAAGACUCCGGAUACGGGAGCACCAGGCCAGACGGGGACGGCAGCGGGGACGUUGCCAUGGAUGAGGCACCACCGGUAUCUCACCCGGCUUCACUCAGGCCGGGGGUAGAUGCGAACAAGGUUGUGGAAACGUCCAAGGGCCUCUGGACCGGCAUUGGAAGCCGGGGAUGA